AGAGUUUACCAGAAGAGUAAUGACAGUUCUAGACCGUGUUUUCUAUUUUAUUUAUUUUUAAAUCUUUAUUUCAGUCUGUAAGAUCCUGGUUAGAAGCUAAAACUCAAUAGCAAAUCAAAUUUAGAGUUGGCAAGCUGGUGUGAACGAUUCACAAAUGUGCUGAAAGCAAACUCUUGAAGAAAUUGUGCAAGUGACUACCUCCCUGAUGAAAUUCUAUCAAUACAGGUCUUUGUUGUAUCAAGACCAAGCUCUGCCAGAAUACAUAGAGUCCAGUUCAAUCACUUAAAGAACGACAGCUGAAAUAAGCAACAGACUUUGAGCCUCUUUCAGUGGAGAGCAAGUGUGCCAUUUGUUUAGUAUAAUUCUCCACAGGAAUAGAACUGCCUCUCUGUACAACGUAUUGAUUUGUAAACUUAAAGAUGGACGUCGUCAUCGAGAACAAGGUCAAGGUCAAGAAAUCCAGGCGAACUUUAUUACGCAAAGAGGGGAAAAGUAACGUCACCUACCGGGGUAUAGAGAACAAGAAUGUCAAGUACAUGAAGGAUCUCUACGUCACUCUGAUAGACUUGAAGUGGAGAUGGGCCUUGUUGAUUUUAUUUUUAGGUUUCUUCCUCACCCAACUGAUGUUCUCUGUGGUGUACUAUCUGCUGAGUUACUUUAAUGGCGAUCUCGACCACGUGGGUGACUCCAAAUUCCAGCCUUGUAUUUCCAACCUACACUCCUAUUGGGACGCAUUGCUUUUCUCCAUGGAGACCCAGUCUACUGUCGGGUACGGAACUAUUUAUCCCAACGCCGAGUGCGGAGGCACCGUUCCAGUUGUUUAUCUCCAGAUUAUCUUCGGUGUGAUGUUAGAGACCAUAUUGCUUGGUUUUAUUUUUGUGAAGAUCGCUCGACCCAAGCACAGACGACACACCAUUAUGUUCAGUCGUAACGCUUGUAUAUGUCUUGAAGACCAACAACUGACCUUACAGCUCCGUGUUGGGGACAUCAGAAACUCACAUCUGAUAGACUGUCAUGUUUACGGAGCUCUGGUCAAUAGAUAUGUCAAUCAGGAGAAACAUGUGUAUCCUUUGUUCCAGCACGAGCUUGAGUUUGAAGCCCAAGGGAUGAGAGACAAGCUGUAUUUGAUUUGGCCUAUGGUACUCAGUCACAAGAUCACGGCAGCCAGUCCUCUCUACACCUUGACCCCUGAUGAUCUACAGAGGGACACCUUUGAACUUAUUAUUAUCCUGGAAGGGACCAUAGAGUCUACGGGGGAGAUGGUCCAGGCCAGAACGUCCUUUACAAGCAGGGACAUCCUCUGGGGUCAGCGGUUAGUUCAGCUUGAAGAAUACGAUGAGAAAAGUGAUAAAUGGUUUAUCAACUUUGUGAGGUUUCACGAGGUUGAAAUGAGUGAGACUCCCUUGUGUAGCGCCAAGGAAUUGUCUGAGAAUCCCCGCCGCUCACCAGGAUAUGAUGAUGAUCAAGACUUUAUAAUAAAUCAAUUGGCCCACAACUCAACAAAAGGAAGGGACACAACUCAGUUUAGUCAAAUAGACCUAAUGUUCAGCAAGAUACAAGAGGAGGUCGUCUGACUCGGACAUCUCUCUACAUAAACUGAUUUUUCGCUCAACUUACAGAUCUAAAUGUCAAUAAACAUGAUUAACAUACAACUAAUUACAGAAACCAAGGGCUAGAUCUAAAUGAUAUUGUAAAACUGUCUGAAUUGAGACUGGAAAUAACUCAGAAGACAUUGCCAUAUAGUUCAUGAUAUAAGUUUAGCCUACGAUUCUAUUUUACAGUUUUAAGAGGUUUUAUUUAGCUUUUUGAUUUAAAACAAUCCGAUGAGAAAUAUAGGACCCUGGUCACAGUUUUCUUCAAUUUGGGUCUUACUAAUGACUGUCAUCUAAGUAGAUCCUAUGUUUUGGUCCACCAAUUCUCUAUAUCUGUAUAUACCCCUGUAAAUGUAUAACUUUUUUUUUUCAUUAAAAAAAAAUCUCUCACCAAAUAAUUUUCAUUUACAGUCACCUGCGUAAUUAAAAAAAGUUUUCAGUUAUUCUUUCUUUUUUAUUUCCAGCAUUAAUUAUCAUUAUUACGUAGUUUACGUUCUUGUACAUUAAUAAAUCAAUUUAAUGCUCGACUGUUUUGUACUGGACAUACAACACUGACGUAAAGAAGGCGUAAUAGAACGUUAUUCCUUAUGAAGCAAUAGAAAUAGUGGAAUUUUAAUAUAAAACAUUAGAAAUAUAUAUAUAUAGAGAGAGUGGAGGUUUCCUUUUGAACCACUAGGAGCAUAGAGUGGAAGCUUCUUACCAAACAAUAGGAGCAUAAAGUGGAGUUCUCCUUAUGAGAAAAAUAGGGCUAUUUAGUGGAGGCCCCCUUUUGAAGUAUAGUUCAUCCACUCUUCCUAAAUGUUACAACUUAUUCAAUUAGCUCUACACUAGUUUCUCACGUAACGUCUAGGCGUCCCUUGGGUUCAGCUGGAAUUAUCAAACACUAAAUAACUCGGCCACCAAGAGGAACACAACUUUAUUACUUUAAUAUCACAUCACACACUUGUUAUGUUCACACUAGUUCACAGGCUUUCUCGAUCAAAAAUAAUCUUAUAUAUAUAUUCAAGAUUCAUAUACCAUAAGGUCAUGGGCUUCAGGUCAACUAAUGGCCACGUAUAGCCUUCUAAAGAGACAUGGUCGCAGUUCAUUGGGACUGUGUAAUUUUUAUAGAAGAUUUAUCCAAGAGUUUUCUGAGAUGACGACUGAAUCCCAACAAACCAGAAAAGGUGCAUCCUGAAUGGGUGGACACGUGACUGUGAAGCAUUGCUGUAAAAAAUAAAGGAUGCAUUUGCUGAGGAACUUUGCUACCGGACUGCCACAAGGAAUUCCUAUUGGCUGCUGACAGCACAAUAUUCGCAGGGCAUAUUACAGCCCGUGAUGUAGGCUAGUAGGAAGCUGUCUUCACUUGAACAACGGUACAGCACCCACCGUACAGAGGGAGAGCUUAACAUUAGGCUUGAUCCGAGAAUGGGAAGUGGGAGAAAAACUUGUUUAAUACGUAAUAAGAGGAAUAACUCCAUAUAUACAGUCCACAUCUCUCAAUAAGUAAUAUCUCUGUGAAGUUGUUUUCUGAUCCUGAUGUGUAUCAUAAAGUGGUUCUGAAAGUUUUCCUAAAUGAGACAUCAAAUUGUAUAGUAUAGCAUAUGAUUGUUAUGUAAUAACUUAAUGUGAUGUGUGGUGUGUCAUACUAUUUUGAAGAGGGUGAUUCUUUCUUUUUUUUAAUUGAUAAGGCCUAUGAGCAUAUGACCAGUUAUUUAUCCAGUUAUUUGACUUUAAUCGUAAAUAAACUAUUUGUAUUUAUGAUUA